AUGGCUUCGACAACGCCCGACUAUGUCUUUACGCGGGACUACCUCGACAAUAACCGCAUGAACCUCCAACACUAUCAAUGGAUUGCGCUGUUUGGUUAUCUCCUGCAUCCGGUCAUCCCGACUGACAGAGCCAACCUGCGCAUCGCUGACGUUGGUACCGGCACGGCGGUAUGGCUAACGGAACUUGCAUCUUGCUUGCCGGAUACAGUCAAGUUCGAAGGCCUUGACGUCUCCAUGGCGGCGGCCCCGCCUGCACAGUGGUUGCCCGCUAACGUGAUUCUGCGCCACUGGGACAUCAAAGAGCCCGUUCCGAGCGAGCUUUUGGGGGCCUACGAUGUGGUGCACGUUCGUAACCUGGCAUUUGUAUUGCGUGGCAGUGAGGUGCCCGCCGUGCUAGAGCGCCUGGUGUCGCUGCUCCGACCCGGCGGUGCGCUGCAGUGGGGAGAGCCGGACGUAUCUUCUUUCCGCAUUGAGACAGUCACCGCGCUGAGAUCGCUUUUGACGCUCUCGCAGCCUCAAGAUGACCGACUGCGCCCAACGUGGGUGCCGCAGCUGCCCAAAUUGUACCGCGCUGCGGGCUUAGCCGCAGUCGAGGAGGACGUACGCGACGCCCCGUCACAUUUAGCGCUGGCAAUGCAUGAAUGCAACCUGCCAAUUCACGAACUGGUCGCGCGAAAAAGCAAGAACAAGGCCGUGAUUGAAGCUGUACAAGACCUAAUGCCUCAGGUCAAGGCCGAGACGCGCCAGGGCGCCUGCUGGGCGUUUACACGUUGGAUAGUUGUGGGGUGGAAGAACAGUGAGGACAAGUAA